AGCCUUGUAUAAAUCAACUUCGGAUGCGCUAUAAUCUCGGACUCUGGACGAGACCACUUAAAAAUACCAGAUCUUCGUUUCUCGUUUCUAACAAACAGAGCCGGUUGUUGCAUCUUACCUCCGCCCAACAUCAAGGCCAAGAAACACAAUGGCUGUUAAAUCUUUAGUUGAGUUGUGCACCGCAGUGUGCGUCCGAAAUAUCAAGAACAUUCGCGACAUAGGCACGAUGCCAUUUCAUAUCGCGCGCCCGAUCCUAUUGAAGAUUGAUAGCCCUGCUCAACUCCGCGAGAUCGAAAAAAACUCUCCACAAUUAGAGGAGGAUACAGCCGAGCUCUGGAAACGCUUGAUAGCACGCGACUUUCCUGUCUUGUCGGCACGUGAAGCAUUUGUACCCAAAAACCCAAGGUCAUGGCACAAGAUCUACGCCAAGUAUCAACACGAGGACGCCAAAGCUAAAGAAGCCGCCAAGGAGCUUCUCAAGAAAGCAUACAAGGGACUCAAGGAAGAGAAAGACCGCUCAACUUGCCAGGUGGUGAAUUACGACAGUAGAAAACUUCCUCGACUGCCUCGAGAUGUCAAGCCACAGGUGGGUAUUCGCGCCAAGGGCAGGCGUGCCGGCCCCGAUCAGAGUGAACUUCGCUUUACGGGUGGUUCCAGGACAAAGGUGAAUACCCCCAAAAGCUUGCUGAAACGUGCCAUGCGUGAAGCGAAGGAAAUAUCUACCAGAAAUCGACUCAAUACCUCAGCCGGUGGUUCCGUACGUGUGAGGCCAGGUCAGAUUGCCCGAGCACCGACUGGUAUGGUACAGGAAAAAGUCACCAAGGCCAGGCCAUUGACAGGUAUCCGACCACCAAUGAGUCGGCGCCAGCUAGACCCGAAGCAGCGUGAAAUCGAGGACCGCGAGGCACGACUGCAGAGAGCAAAGGAGAUGGGUUCACAGAAGGGCGGGUCCUACAUCUCAGAUGAUGAUCUUGAUGACCUAGAUAUUGAUGUUGAUGAUGGUCCGGUUGGUCUUGAGGUAGACGAUCUCGAGUCCAUGAUUGAACAGCCCGAGCCAAGCUACGGGGGUGAGUCCUCAGCAUCCUCACGCCUAAGUCCUAGCGCUGCAAGAGGGAGCGUUUUUGCACGCAAGAUGGGUUCUUCAGCUGCAGCCUCCUCAAUAUCAAGGGUUCGUACCGAAGCCCACACGAAACCAAAAACAGCACAGAUUCAGAAAGAGCCUCUUGGACCAGCUAGCCCCCCGCCUAAACCUACCCCUAGUUCUUCCUCUCCUGGUCCAGGGCCUGUGCUUCCUCGCAAAAGAAAGGCGGUUGACGUCUUCAUGAAACCAAAACCCAAGGUUUCGCGUCCUUAAUAUCUUAACUAAGAUAUCUAAGAUCUGUUAUCCAAAAAGUGUCAUAAGACUUUGACUCACUAUACCUCUAUACUAGUAUACUCCCCAGUGGCAUACCGCCUUAUUGUUGGACUGUCACAACCCAUGGCUCUUGACGAAACGUGUUUUGCGCAAAGCUUUUGGCGCCAUGUUUGGGAUUAGAUGGGUUUGGCAUUCUGUUGAUUCAAGGUGAACUCGGCAUUCAAUCCGAAAGCCGUCAAAUAUAAUUAUUUUUGCUCCCAGGUCUUUGUACCUUAGAACUAGCUAUAUCAUACUAUGACUAGAUUAGAUACAACAGCAGCUAGAUAAUAUGAAACGUAAUAAACACAAUAAACGGAACCCUUUUGAAAGCUAAGAGAAUGAUGGUCUCAUAUU